UAAAGUUUCUUUACUAUUGUACAAAGCUAGUUGUCAUUUGAAUUUGAUAGCAGAAUGAUGAAAUCUUAUUUUAUUCUGAUAUUAAUUGUAAAAGGCAUUUUAGGUAGAGGAGGUUUUGGACCUACUGACCAAGAAUGGGGAUUUUCUACUGUCAGAGAAGGGGCUCACAUAUUUUGGUGGUUACAUUACACCACAGCAACCCAAGAACCUACUGAAAAACCGCUAUUGAUUUGGCUACAGGGUGGACCAGGAAGUUCAUCAACUUCAUACGGAAAUUUUGCUGAACUGGGGCCUCUAGAUUUAGAUCUUAACCCUCGUAAUACCAGCUGGGUUAAUUCUGCCAAUGUUCUAUUUGUCGACAAUCCAGUAGGCACUGGGUUUAGUUAUGUGGAAAACGACACAUUGUUCACAACUACCAAUGCCCAAAUAGCAGAUGACUUUGUCGUAUUUCUUCAGGAUUUCUACAAAGUUCUGCCUCAAUUUGAAACCGUCCCACUGUACAUCUUCUGCGAAUCAUACGGAGGCAAAAUGACAGCUCAAAUAGCUUUACAUCUUAUAAAGGCUAUUGAGAAUGGUAGUAUUAAUUCCAACUUCAAAGGUGUUGGACUUGGUGACUCUUGGAUUUCACCAAUAGACUCAAGCAUCACAUGGGCGCCUUAUCUAUACCAGCUGGGAGUUAUAGAUACUCAACAAUACGAAAAUCUAGACGCGAUAGGUCAACAUGUAAAACAAUUAGUUGAUGAUGGCGAAUGGUACGAUGCUACAGAGGCCUGGUUUAUUCUACAAAACGAGCUCUAUUCCUCUAGCGGCUUUUGUGUGGACUUUUACAACGUCCUUACACCUUGCGAUGCCAUCAACGACACAUUUACCUUGAAAAAGCCUCAAGGUAAAGUGUUAGGACUAAGCGAAGAAGAGAUCAUGAACGACAAAGUGAGAAUUGCCCUGAAUAUUUCAAGAACAUGGGGUGAACAAAGUAACGAUGUUUUCACUUAUCUUGAAACUGAUUUUAUGAAACCCGUAACGGAAAUUGUAGAAAGAUUGUUGAAUGAAACAGAUAUUAAAGUAGGGGUGUACAAUGGACAGUUGGACUUGAUCGUCGAUACUCCUGGUACAAUCAAAUGGGUGGACGCCUUAAACUUUAAAGGUUCUGAAGAAUGGAGUACUAACGAGAAGAGCAUGUUCAGUAUAAACGGAAUUUACGAAGGAUACGAGAAAAAAGCGGGAAACUUGUACUUCUACUGGAUCCUGCGGGCAGGACACAUGGUUCCCAGAGACAACCCUAAUGGAAUGUUGUAUAUUUUGGAACAAAUAACCGACAAUUUUGCUGUGUGAUAACAAUUUUCAUAUAUAAAAAUUUCUGUUUUGUUGUUUUAUUGUGAAGUAUAACAACAAAUUAUAAAAAUAAGGUUUAAGAUAAAGAUUUAAUAAACA